AACAGAUUCAGAGCCCCCAUGAUUGAGUUAUACAUUAUUAAAGAGUGUAGCCCAAAAAUUCUGAUUAAUCCAUAAGCCUAUUCCACACUCUUCCAUAUUCUUGAUUAACAUUCAAGAGUUAGUUAGCGGCUGAUGGUCUAUGUAGUUGUUGGCAUCUUAAAGUUGGCUUUGGACACGUGUUUUAGCCAGGACAGGAACACAUGGUGAAAUUAUUUGCUCAGACAAGUCAAUGUUGCACAAGGGCAAGUUCUUGAUAUGUGUGGAUUCAGUAAAUUGGUAAAGCUUUGAAAAUGCUGUCCAAUCCUCCAAUUUGAAUGACUGAAUGCCUUUCUUGCAACAUUUGCUUCACUUAUCUAAUGCUCAUACCGAGGCGUAUGCCUAUGCCAAUGUGAUAGAGUGUCUCCAAUGGCAAAUAAAUGCUCUCUCUUGUGUUCCCCUCCUAUAUAAACACUUUGCCUUCCCUUCAAAUUUCAAACCAACACAUAACACUUGACUCUCCUCCUUGUUCAUUUGUAACAGUUAGUUGAAGAAUGUCCACUCUUCCUGAGAUUGAGACUGCUGUUACCAAGGAUCAAACACCGGUCGACGAGAAGGUGAACGGCAACGGUGUCGAACACAAGGCUGUUAGUGGGAUGAAUGGAGCGCCAACCAUGGAGAAAGGUCAAGAGGAGAUGAAAAUAGCUGGAAAAGAAGCUGAAUCUGAGGCGCCUGAGAAAGAGGUAAAGAAAGAAGAUGUAGUAGCACUUGAGGUUGAACCUAAGACUGGAGUUUCCUUUCCAGUUAAGUUGGAUGAUGGGAAGCAGCUGACAAGUGUUGGUUUGAGGAAGAAAUACAUGCUUGGCAUGGGAAUCAAGAUUUAUGGCUUUGGGAUGUAUACAGACAACGAUACCCUGAAAGAUAUCCUGAAGUUAAAGAUUGGAAAAGCCCCAGCAAAACCAACAAAGGAAAUGUAUCAGGCAGUAAUUGAGAGUGAUGUGGCGAUGAUGAUGAGGUUGGUGAUUGUGUUUUCUAGCCUCACCAUGAACAUGGUAAAAAAGAACUUUGAUGAAGGUCUAGGAGCAGCCAUCAGAAAACUGAAUGGUGGAAAGAAGAAUGACGAGCUUGCAAACAAGGUCAUGGGCCAAGCAUCAGAUGACAUCAAGCUAACAAGUGGCUCAGUUAUUGAGAUUUCUCGCCUUCCUGGACAUGUUCUCGAAACUAAAGUGAUGGGAGGGGUGAUUAGCAAAGUUGAGAGUGAACUCCUCUGCAGGGCAUACGUUUACAUGUAUCUCGGAGAUGAUCCGUUUGAUAAGGAUGCCAAAGAAAAAUUUGGGAUGUCUCUACUUUCUCUCUUCUAAUUCACAGAUCAAAACAAAUUCCAGACAGAAUGAAAUAAUGUCUAGGUCCAGUUCCUAGCGCCUGAGCAAUUGCUCUAUAAGGAAGAUUAUGGUGAGAUUGUAGCUGCUUAAAUGACAAAAUCUAUGUUGUUAAUCCCAUUCCUCUAUCACUCUGUUACUCAAAGAAUUUAACAAAUUAAAUGAUUCUACUUCCAAGAUUUCAACAGAA